UUUCACACCAAGAGCUGCUACCUUACCACGCACACUACCUACCUAUCACACCCACCACACCUUGCCAACCUCUUAGCUGUCUGUACGCGCCGUCGGAACUGCUAGUCUCCAGCCGUUGACUGCUGACUACUGGUAUCUGCAGCGCUUUUCCUACACCAAACUCCCGUAGAAGCUCUGACAUUCUCAGUCAUGGACAAUAGGGGGAUCACGUCUGUUCUCAACUUUCGUGAUGUCGGCUCCACGGUGAACAAAUUUCUUGGACGAAGACUCGUAAGGGACGGCUUGGUAUUUCGUUCUGCCAGACCAGACGAUGCCACUUUGGCAGACAGAAAACGCCUCCGCGAGGAGCUGGGCAUUAAGGCAGUGAUAGACUUGCGCACAAAAACCGAACACGUCAAGCAACUGAAGAAGCGCGAGGCUGAUCUCAAAGUGCCCUCCCUCUUGGAAUCUAACGCUGCACUAGCCGAGCCAUUCCAGAUCUCGGGUCUAACGUAUCACGAGAUCAGAAUCACUGGCGGCAACUUUGAGUGGUUCUUGAUCAGACAAGUAUCUUGGUGGGGUUUGUGCCGCCUCAUCGGCCUCUUUACUCUCGGCUACCGCAAUGAGGGCAUCUCUAUCUUGUCUCGGGAGGUGAUGCUGCCGCGUGGCCUUGUUGGUCUGGGCCUUGACACCCUCGAUCAAUCUGGCGAAGAGAUUGCAAAGGCUCUCAGGGUGUUUAUCGACCCGGCGACUUCACCGACUCUGGUACACUGUACACAGGGCAAGGAUAGAACCGGGCUGAUCGUCAGUCUCGUUCUGUUCAUCCUGGAUGUACCGCUCGAGGCGGUUGAGCAUGACUACAUGCUGACCAGUGGUGCUCUCGAGUCCGAGAGAGAGGAAAGAUUGGCAGAGAUGAGAGAGAUUGGUCUCACAGAUGACUGGUUCGAAACGGCGCCUGACAUGAUUGCUCGGACCGCUCGUCAUCUCGAUCAUGUCCACGGUGGACUCAACGGAUACCUGGACAAGAUCGGCUUUGGACAGGCCGAUCGUCUCAAGCUCCGGGAGCUGCUGCUGUACUGAUCCAGCGACUGAGGGGCUUAAUUCGUCACCGAAGCUCCAUACAGCCGUACAGUAG